ACAAUUGCCAGAACUCUAGCCAGAGAGUCUCUGUCUGUAACGCGCUUGAAUCAAAUCUUAGCAAAUCCUAAAUCAAACUCAAAGGAAGGAACGAACUUUGGUUUGAGAUUUCACCACUGAUUGUGAUUCUCUUCUCCUGCAAAACUUGGCCCCCGAUCUCUCUCUAUAAUCAAAUAUCAUUCAACAAUAAUCCUCAUUUCGUUAUUCCUUAUUCCUUAUUUUCUAGUUGAUCCAGUGAGAAGAGAAGUUGAUGAGAGAUGUUGAGCAUUUGCAUCUGGUGAAAUCUAUUCAAGAUUCUGGCGUAAUUUUUUAGGCAUAAUGGACCAGCUUCCUGUUGAAGUGAUUGGGAACAUUCUGUCACACUUGAGGGCUGCAAGAGAUGUGGUGAUAGCUUCUGCAACAUGCAGGAAAUGGCGACAAGCGUGCUGCAAGCACCUUCAUACACUCUCCUUCAGCUCCAAAGAUUGGCCCAUUUACCGGGAUUUGACGACUACCCGCCUCGAGAUUUUGAUCACACAAACCAUUUUCCAGAGCUCUGGGUUGCAGGCCCUAUCCAUUUUGAUGGAAGAUGUGGAUGAAUUCUCGGCUUCCACCGUUACUGCUUGGCUCUUGUACACCAGGGAAACUCUCAGGCAAUUGCAUUAUAAUGUCAAGACUACGCCUAAUGUUAACAUUCUUGAAAUAUGUGGCAGGCACAAGCUGGAAAUACUGGAUCUGGCUCAUAAUUCCAUUGUGGGGGUUGAGCCUAAUUAUCAGCGGUUCCCUUGUUUGAAAUCUCUUUCCUUGAGUUAUGUCAGUAUAUCUGCGUUGGAUCUAAAUCUUUUGGUGUUUGCGUGUCCAAAGAUUGAAGCUUUGGAACUUGUCAAUCCUGAGAUUGCAAUGUCUGAUGCACAGGUGACCGUUGAAUUGAGUAGUUUGACGCUGAAGAGUGUGUAUGUAGAAGCAAUCAGUUUGGACAAGUUUUUAUUGGAGGCUGAUGGGCUUGAGUGCUUGCACUUGAAAGAUUGUGCACUCGAGUUUUUUGAACUCAUUGGCAAGGGGACCUUGAAGCAUUUUAAGAUUGAUGAUGUUAGUGUUAUACAUCUUGAUAUUGGUGAGACAGUUGAGAAUCUUGAGACUGUGGAUAUCAGCAACUUCACUAUUAUAUGGCCAAAGUUUUACCAAAUGAUUUCAAGAUCGUCGAAUUUGAAGAGGCUUCGUCUUUGGGAUGUGAUGUUUGACGAUGAGGAUGAGGUUGUGGAUUUGGAAACAAUUGCGACUUGCUUUCCCUACCUGAGCCAUUUAUCACUGAGUUAUGAUGUGAGAGAUGGAGUGCUUCACUAUGGUUUACAAGGCUCUUCCUAUCUGGAGAGUGUUGUUGUCUUGGAGCUUGGCUGGACUGUGAUCAAUGAUCUUUUCUCCCACUGGGUUGAGGGUCUGCUUAAGCGUUGCCCCAACCUGAAGAAGUUGGUCAUUCAUGGGAUUGUUUCUCAGGUUAAGUCUCAUGAAGAAUGCCAGAUGUUAGCCAAUUUCACUACAUCCAUGGUUGAGCUGAUGCGGAGAUACACACAUGUAGAUCCAUAUUUUAAGUAUGACUAGGAUUUUGUUUAAUACCUUGUUAUAGCUCAUGCUUUCUUUUAAGUCUAAUUGUGUAGCCACCUUUGUGGGUAGCUUAUUGAAUUCAAGAGUUUAUGCACAACUUUUAACUUAUUGUUUGGAAUCUUCAUCUAGAAUUUGUGUGAGUGUGACUGAUCAACGAUGAUAGCUCAUGGCAGACAUUUA